AUGAGUACCAUCCUAGAGAAGAUCGCGGCUAUCGAGGCCGAGAUGGCCCGGACUCAAAAAAAUAAAGCAACAGCACUUCAUUUAGGCAUUUUAAAAGCCAGGUUGGCUAAAUUGAGACGUGAACUUAUUACCCCUAAAGGCGGCGGUGGUGCUACAGGCGAAGGUUUUGACGUGGCCAAAACUGGUGAUGCUCGAAUUGGCUUUGUAGGAUUUCCUUCUGUAGGAAAAUCUACUCUACUCUCUAAUUUAGCCGGUGUGUACUCUGAAGUUGCAGCUUAUGAAUUCACAACAUUAACUACUGUGCCAGGCUGUAUCAAAUACAAGGGUGCAAAAAUACAGCUUCUCGAUCUUCCUGGUAUCAUUGAAGGUGCUAAGGAUGGUAAGGGUCGAGGACGACAAGUUAUAGCAGUGGCACGCACAUGCAGCUUAGUCUUCAUUGUUCUUGAUGUCCUUAAGCCAUUGCAACACAAGAAGCUUCUAGAACAUGAAUUAGAGGGCUUUGGUCUAAGAUUAAACAAACAACCGCCCAACAUUCACUUUAGAAAAAAAGAUAAAGGUGGCAUCAAUUUGAACACAACAUGUCCACAGUCCGAACUUGAUAUAGAAACUGUUAAAACAAUUUUGUCCGAGUAUAAGAUUCAUAAUGCUGAUAUCACUCUCCGAUAUGAUGCCACCAGUGAUGACCUUAUUGACGUAAUUGAAGGCAACAGAGUUUAUGUUCCUUGUAUCUAUUUACUUAAUAAGAUAGACCAAAUUAGUAUUGAAGAAUUGGACAUAAUUUACAAGAUUCCUCAUUGCGUCCCAAUAUCUGCUCAUCAUAAAUGGAAUUUCGAUGACCUUUUAGAAAAGAUGUGGGAAUAUUUGAAGCUCAUCAGGAUAUACACUAAGCCGAAAGGACAAUUACCCGAUUAUAAUGCUCCAGUUGUGCUUCAUGCAGACAAAACAAGCAUCGAGGACUUUUGUAACAAGCUGCACAGGUCGAUUGUAAAAGAGUUUAAAUAUGCCUUGGUGUGGGGUUCUUCUGUGAAGCAUCAGCCACAAAAGGUCGGAAUAGAACACAUUUUAGCCGACGAAGACGUCGUUCAAAUCGUUAAAAAAGUUUAA